GGACGUGGCGGAGCAGGCCGCCCUCAGGGCUCGCGAGCAGAAGGCAGCGGAGAUCCGGCGCCAAGCGGCGGAGGAGGCGGACACGAGCCGCGGGAACUUGGAAAAGCAGCGCCAGGAGCUGGAGGUUCAGGCAUCCUCCGUGGUGGAGCCGGACGAUGCGGAGCCGGAGCCCAUCGUGUCGCAGGCCGCAACCGGCAGCCUGAAGGUGGUGGUGGAGCGCCUGCAGGCGCAGCUCGCCAGGGAGCUGCAAGCCAAGGAGUUCCUGGAUGUGGAAGCGGAGGAGGUGCAGUUGACGCUGGAGGAUGUGCGAGAGAGUGCUUUGCUGGUCGCCAGCAACGACACAUGGACAGAAGAGGUGCAGGUGGAGUGGCACAAAGAGGCGCUCUGGGCCUACUACAAGAAUCACCGCGCGGAGGUGCUCCGCUUGCGGCACAAAGUGGCCGCAUUGGAGCGGGCGCAGCAGCAAGCCCAGCAAGUGAAGAACAUCUCCAGCGAGGACGUGUCGGCGUUGAAGCGGCAAGUGGAGCAGCUUGCGCAGCAGAAUGAAGUUCUGAACACCACGCUCUCCACGAAGAAGAAGUACCUGGAGGAGCAGCGCUUCCUGCAGCAGACGGGCCGCGAGAUGCUGGAGACGCAAGAUGACUUGGAGACGUGCCUCUCGGAGGAACUGGAAGUCCUGAAGGCUCGCGAGCAGCAGCUGGAACAGGUGGCGCUGGCGUUGUGCCAGAAGCGCCAAAGCUUGCAGCGGCAGCGGGAGGAGCGCCGCAGCGAGGUGGCCCGCCUGGAGAUCCGCCUGCACUCACUGCGCUCCUGCGGGGCUGCUACCACUGCGGCGGCCGCGGACCUCGCAGACAUCGAGGCAGAGACCCUGGAGGCCUCGGUGGACUGCCGGGAGGCGGUGGCGGAGGCGGAGGCCUGGAUGUCCUGCCUGCCCAGCCAGGUGCUGGAUGAUGCGGAGCUGGGCUCUUCCUUCGAGUCGCUCUGCGCUCUCUUCCGCUGCUUUCACAAGGCGCGGAUUCUGGCGCAGAGCAUCCAGGACCACUUCGUGGCCACGGCGGCCUUGGCAGUGCUGCAGGAUGUAGGGACCAUGCGCUGGCUGUGCUCCGUCAUGCAAGCGGCGGCGAUGUUGGCCACUGCAGUGUUGGGGGUCCUGGGCUGCCUGUCUGCGGAGUCACCCGACAGGUACCGUGGCCUGGUGCGGCUGCCCGCGGUGGCCUCCUGCGGCCACGGGGAGGCCGCCCUGGACGCGCUGCUGCGGGCGCUGCUGGACCUGGUCAGAGGAAAGGCCACCAGAGAGCGCGAGGGCCUGCUGGCGGCUUUGCGGGCCCACGGGGCGCAGCUGCUGUCCUUGCAGAAGGCCAUGUUCAAGGACCAGCACUUCGCCUCGUGGCAGCGCUGCUGCUGCGCGCUGGAGGCCUUGCGCGGCUCCUGUGCCGGGGCCUUGUACGCCUCGAGCAACGCCGGGGGCACGCGCCGGAAGCGCUGGCAGGACCUCUACGAGGAGGCCAACCGCUUCAUCGCGCGCCUGGUCGCGUGCGAAGACUUCGGCUCUCGCCCGCUCUUUGGCAUCGGCCCUUCGGAGCAGGAGGUCCAGAAAAGCGACAGCGAGGAUGCAUCGGAGGAGGAGGAGGAGGAGGGGGAGGAGCCUCACGAGAAGGAGGCCCCGAAGCAGCAGCUCACGCAGCUGCACGUGGACGCCGUGGUGCGCCAGGCUCAAAGCCUCGACCUGGCGGCCCACCAGGGGAAGGAGGAUGCCUUGGACAAGACCCUCAGCCUUGCGGAGAAGGAGCUGGGGACGUUGGUGGCCCUCUUCGAGGCCACGCAGAAGACUGCGCCGGCGGCACCCUGGGAGAAGGUGCGGCAGAGCAAGCGCAGCUCCCUGGAGGUGGCAGAGCAAGCAGCGCAGCCGGCCUUUGAGCAGGCGAACAAAGGCCUGCAGAAGGUGGAGCUUUCAAUGACCACGGCCCAAGAGCGCUUGGACCGCGCCAAGCAGGAGAUGAACCAAGUGGAGCAGCAGUUCGGGGUUGCCCGCAUCGAGUCGGAGCGGCGAUCGCUGCUGGUGAGCAAUGUGCAGAGGAUGCAGAAGCAGGCCGGAGUGGGCUCGGAGCAGUGCCGCGCUCUGGAAGAGGAGCUGAAGGGUCAGAGCGGGAAGUGCCAGGCGCUGUCGGCCUCUGUGGGGGAGGCCAAGCAGCUGGCCAAGGAGCUGAGGCAGCGCCUGGAUGACCUCGAGAAGCGCAUCAACCGACGCUACUGCCAUGAGGUCUCCCCGGAGGAGGUCUUGGCCUUGCGGCGCGCGGUGGCGCGGCAGCAGCUGGAGCUGGCGAAGUUGAAGGCGCCCAAAACUCAGCCGGAGGAGGAGGACGUGAUUGGCGAUUUGUGGACGGAGCUGCAGCAGUGCCGGCAGAAGCUUCUGCAUGAAUACGUGGCGUCUCCGGCGGUGGAGCUGGAAGAGCCCGAGCCGGAGGCUGCCUGCGGCGCGCACCAGCAGCGCCUCCGCGAGUUGGCAAAGGAGGCCAAGGUGCUGCGCGACAAGGUCACCGAGCGUGCGCGGCGCGAGGCAGGUGUCGUCCAGGACGCCUUCGACUCAGUGGCCUUGGCGCGGUUCCUCCGCGCCACCGCCGCCACGUCCCCCGCGGCGCGCCUGGCGCUGCCGCCUCCGGCGAAUGCCGCCGCGGCGAGGUCGGCGCGGCUGCCGCUGCGCAUGGACGAGCACCAGCUGCAGCUUCUGCACGCCGCGGUGCUGCGGUGAGCGCCAAAAGAAGUGAUCCGGUCGCUUAGGGCGCAGACAUUUGGCCAUGGGUCAAAAUCCAAAUCGAACCCCCA